AUGGUGCGAUGUUACAUACCACACGGCCUUUGCAAGCCUAGGCUGGCAUGUUUUGGAGCUCGAAAGAUCGUAAUUAGCAAUCAAGAAAGAAAUACAGAUGAAAGACUUCACUUAGAGAAGUUCAGUGUUAGGCUCGGUGUAGAGAAAAUCUCUCUUUACACCGGAUACGAUUCGCCGCAGUGUUUGUGUACACAAAUUCAUAUCUAUGCGGCGUGCGUGAAUUUAACACAACAAAAAGAGAAAAAAAAAUCCGCGAAUAAGAAGAAAUUGAAGAAAUGGCAUAAAAUUUCUACACUAGCUUCUGUUCUUCGAUACGAAGCUGAUGCAUAA